CCUCACUCCCUUACACGACAAAACCCCCGGGGAAUUAAUCGUUACAAACGAUUUGAAUCUGCUCUAUUGGGCGGGGAUUACGCGUAAUUGUCGGAACGGGUGGGUGAGAGCUCGGUGAAAAAUCGACUGUAUUGUUAAAUCGGUACUCCGGCACUGGAUCGCCGGAGGCGGAUUCUUUUUGUCCACUCACCGAGAGACUAAAAAAAAAAUAGGCUAACGUAGGUCAAUAUCGACCCUCAACUAUAACAGCAAACUCACCUACUCUUACAGUGUCCAUUGACCUUGCUCGUUCACUCUUCGCUAAUUACUUCCCGCUUUAUUUGUGGCAAUUUGUGCGUUACGGGGUGUCAAUUGUCUGAUAUGGAGAAACUCUUCGAGCCAGAUAUGGUCCUGGAAAAGAAAUAGUCUCUCCUUGUAAAUAAUUCUUGUUUAGAUUUCAGACGACAUUAUCAUAUGAUUAUAACCUGUGGACCUCUUCCGAGUGACUUUGUUGGAGUGUGCAAAUAUGAUGUUCGAAUACGAGAACUAUCUAAGUGUGAGGGAUAACUGAAGAACAAGUGUAUCGGUCAGACAGAAGAUUAUUGGGUGACGUUACGAUUCAACUAAGCUUGUUCUAUACUGCGCGAUUGUAGCUGCUGUGACCUCACUCUCAACACCAACAUCAACAUCAUCGUCACGGCUGGAUUUUACAGACACGAAGUUUAUCUUGUUGCUAUCCUCGAAUGAGAAAUGUUUCGUUCUCAGGGUCGUCUUUCGGGGGUGGUAUGCCCACUUCACGUUGUUGGACAAUGCAACCGGCCCUAUUGUCACUUUAAACAUUCUCCGAGCGUUCCACAACAACAGGCUCCGCUGGGAGGGAGCGAACCCGCUGGCGCAGAAUCCAGCCCCAAAACUUCAGACAUUGUCGCAUCGGGUAGUAUACCUACUAAUCUGCAACAGCCUCCAAAACGACCUUUAGAGCCAGCUAAACCUGCGCGUAGUCACAUACCCGCUAUUCGCGUACCGCAGUAUCGUCCCACGCCAAUAGCAGUUCUCCAACGGCGUCAUCAGAAUGCCGCUACAAAUGCUGCUCGCGUAUUGUCAACGGAAGCGGGUAAGGUGCCGGCGGUUGGGGUCGAUACCUAUUCGACGCAUCAAUUCGCUAAGGCAGAUGAGACCAGGGUGAUUGAGCCUGCAUUCUCAGAAGAUGAAGACGACGAAGAAGAGGCGAUACUUAUGGAAAUCUUUCAAAAAGGUGUCAUGGGUGAGUCUGCGGAGCAACAGUCAAACGCACACCCAAUGGGUCAAUUAGACGACGAUCGGCUUAAGGAACCUCAAAGGUUUGAGAAACGGCGUCAUAAAGAAGAGGAAACACCAAACGACUUCGUGAUUGAUUUGACGGAGGGAGACGACUACGAUGCUUCGACAACCAAGAAAUAUGACAACGAAGAGAUGUCGAAAAAGAAGCAAAGUUACAAGGAUGGCUACAGAGAUGAGGCAAAAUAUUUAAAACGGAGACUUUCUUCCUCUAGCCCAAAAAGAGAGGACAGCUUGAGUCUAAUAGGUUCGUCGCGAUCGAAGGAUGAGGGGCACAGUUCGUCCUCUUCAACGAGCACAGCGUCAAGGAAACGACAUAGUUCAGACGCGACAGAACACGAUUAUAAGUCUCGCAGUACUGGCAGCAGCAAUGGACAUGACAGAGAUCAAAGUUCAAAGGAAAGCCCAUUUUCGUCAGUAUCCCUACUGACGGAGAAAGACCGGCUUAACGGAGCUAAAGAAAAGCAGCACAGAAAAAGCAAUGAGUCAGCAGCCGAAGAUUCGAAUGAAGUAGACAACCGUAGCAGCAGUAGUAAAGAUCAUGAAAAAAGCUCCUCACGUAGCAAAGAUCGGCGUCGAAAUAAAUCGAGGCAUUCGUCCAGUAGCAAAGAUCGAGACAGAGAUAAGGAAAAGGAUCAAAUUAAAGACAGGGACCGCGACAAAUCGAAAGACAAACGUAAAAGUAGUAGUAGCAGUAGCAGCAGUAGUAAAGACACGCGCUUAUCGUCGUCGUCGUCAAAGGAAAAAUCAUCUUCUUCGAAUUCGUCGUCUCAUUCAAAAGAUACCGAACAGAAACGCUCGACAAAACACAAAACUAGUAAUGGAUUUCACUCGGACAAAAAGGAAGAUAGCGGUAAUAAAAAAAGUGGUUCAUCUCAUCGGGAAGAAAAAAAUCAUUCGAAAACAUCGGGUGUCUCUAUUUCGAAGCGUAAGAGUUGGGGCGAACAUCAAGGUGGAUAUUCAGAUAGUGGUGCCAGAUCAGAUGAUAGCGCCAGAGAUCACGGUGAUGGUGGCGGUUCGAGCAGUUCCGAGGGUCGCGGCAGUCACAGAAGAACAUCUACAUCAGCAGAUGACAGAAGUAAACGAGUGAAAAUCGAACCUGGAGUGAUUGCUGUCGGUGAUAUAGACAUCAAUGAUGUGGAUCUGAGCGAUGAAGACCCCGAGCAGGAGUGUCUUCGUCUAUUUCAAGAAUGUGAGAGUCAAAUGAGCCUUAAUAAGGAUAACAAUGGUCCAGCAAAAACGACUCAAGAUUCUAGCCUACCGGUUUCUGUUAGCGAGCCGUCGAAGGUUAUUGACAUGGUUGGGGUAACUCGAAAACGCAUUGCUCACGAUCCUGGAGCCCGCCUUGUGGCGACAGUCCCUCCGGUACCGAAAAAACCCUUCAGACCAUCUCCAGCGCAACAGUUGGUCAUGCGCCAAGAGGCAAUGCAAAGGGCGCGCCUAAAACAGCAAAAUUCGUCCAAUGAAACGCAAGCAACACCUAUCUUUCAUCCUACGACCCCAACUGAGCAGCGAAGACAGCGAAUUUGUACCGUUUCAACCGACCUCGUAGCGGCGGUUGCCCAGCGCAAAAAUCUCGCAUUGGCAUCGGCAAAGGCGAGACAGGUUGGGAUUGGUGCUGAUGCAGCUGCCGGACGAUCAUCCACUGGAGCGCAAGUUAUUAAAAGGAUCGCAAACACCGUGCCAUUACCGCAUGCUACGAACCACGUGCAAACAAAGGGAGUUGCUCGAGUGGCCCAUGUAGCGAAAGCACUGGGCCCCAGUGACAACCCGGUGGCACCCCCGCGCCCAAGAAUACAAUUUGAUUCGAAUAUGAAGGUUCCCGUUAAUCUCCGCCAACUGUCACUGGAUAAGCUGAUCGAUUUAAAUAAUAUGAUUUGCACCACAUAUGAAGAAAGUUACGAGAAAUCACUGAAUGAAGAACGUGACGUGUGUGGCCGCGCAAAGGACAGAAGAGUUUAUUCCAACCUGGUAGCCAACCUUAUCAUGCGUCUAAAGAAGGAAAGCGGUGAGCUGGGUCCUUCGAGUACGGCCCCACAGGCAGUUUCUCAUGCUGACGUUCUUGGUGGAGCAAAAGCAAAAAAAAUGUCCUUUUCAAUCGAGAAACACCGCUUCCGCAGGAAUACCUCGGUAGAUAAUAUGACAGAAGAGCAAUUCUACGAACAUAUGCGUGAGAAAUACCUUAUGAAGUCAACGGAACUCGACCAAAUGGGUUUUCCUAGACCAUGCGAGGGGAAACCAGGUAAAGCAGAGUUUCGGCAUGAAGCUGCCCUUUCAGCUCCUCCUGACCCACGUACGGGCAACGAAAGAACCUGCGUUCGAUGUAAAAAAGUCUAUUUUGUUGAUAGGGAUGGAAUGUACCUACGACACGAAGAGUGCGUCUAUCACUGGGGCAAAAAUUGGAUGCGUCAUGUGAAAAGAAGCAAUGUUCGUGAGCAACAGUACACAUGUUGUGAUGCUGAGAGCGGUUCUGACGGGUGCAGUGUGGCUAAGGGUCACGUAUUUGAUAAUCCAAUACUCAAAGAAGACGGGGGCUACAUGACAACCCUGACUCCGGAGCCCGCGGCUGCAAACAAUUUUAAGAAGGUGUACGCACUUGAUUGUGAAAUGAUUUACACUACCCGAGGCACGGAACUUGCCCGUGUUUCGAUGGUCGACAUGAAUCUUCGGACUAUCUACGAAACAAAAGUGAAGCCUCGAAAUCCUGUUCUUGAUUACAACACUCGAUUCAGUGGUCUUAAAAUGGAGGACCUGGAAUCAGUAACGACGGAAUUACACGAGGUUCAGGCUGCCAUGCUAGCCCUGGUCUCAGCAGACACGAUCUUGAUAGGACACAGCCUCGAAUCUGAUUUAAAAGCUCUCAAAUUUAUACAUUCGACAGUGGUUGAUACGUCACUUGUCUUCCCUCAUAAGAUGGGCCUACCCUAUAAAAGAGCACUUAAAAAUCUUCUAAAGGAUUACUGCCAAAAGAUUAUUCAGGAUGGAGUGGACGGUCACGACAGUGCCGAGGAUGCUAAGGCCUGUAUGGAACUGAUGCUGUAUAAAGUAAAACAAGAUCUCAAGUCGGAGUAAAUCGUGCCUCUAUAUAAACUUUCUUGUUGUGUCCUAUGUGAUUACACGAUCCUGUGAGCACUUUACCAUCUCAUCUUAAUCAGACUAUUUCAAGAUUAAGUUAUGGGAGUAUCACUAAAAGAGGAACCGCUUUGCGAAUUGUACGAACUACCGGACCCGCCAAUAGUGGGAAUCAUCCUAUAACAGACUGAGCGGCAACAAAAAUCGUAUCAUUCUAUGUACGACCUAUCACUUAGGAUGGGAAGACGCGCUGUUCGUAUAGUUCUAACACUGUGCGUUUACGUUGAUUACUUUUAAAUCACAUCCCAAUACUGCUGGCUUUUCCCCACUUGCACAUGCUGAAAAGUGCGUGCAAACAUGCCGCUAACAAAACGUUAACUGAAAAGUAAACAGUAAAACAAAAAUGUUACGGAGAAACAAAGGAAGAACAAACUAGUUGAAUCUAAAUAUUGAGAAAUUUGCAUCAAUUUAUUGUUAUACGAUAACAGUGUGGCAUUGAAAGUGAAGUGUACCUUUAGGUACUUUAUUUCAAUCACUUUACUUACGCGCUUCUUUGCUUCCUAGCUUAUAUGCGUAUAAUUUGUCUGUUCUUUUUUCACGACGAAUUAUUCAAUUAUGAAUAUUAUAGUGGUAAGAAUAUCUUUGGUUGCGUGAUUUGUUGUACAGAUACACACGUAGAGAUGAUAAAUGUACCGUAUACAAAUCCCCGACAGUUCAUCAUCCAUCGCUGCUAUAACACGUUAUCAUAAACCUGCGAGGAAGGACCGCGUUUCACGGGACGUCAAUAGCGGAGAUUCUACGUGGCUGCACUAGAGUGAUUUAUAUAUAUCAUUUGACCACUUAAAGAUUUACUAAUCAAUAAAAAAAGUGUCAAUAGACAGGGCUAAGAAUAAGGGAGAAAAUAUAUGCCAAAAAAAGUAUACCAAACACACGGACACACAGACAUACACACACACACACACAGACACAAUAACACGCACACACACACACUAACAAAUAUAUAUGAAGGAAAAAAACAGCGAAAGAGCUCAGGUAUCAAAUACUUGCUACACUAAAUGUCCAUUGUUUUGUUGUAUAUUAGUAUGUACACAUAUCAUAGUUUAUGCUAAGAACAACUAGUGCGCAAGCCUCUUGUGUCAAGACUAUAGAUAUUUGAGAGUGAGUUAACCUGCUUAAAGUAGCAAUAAAAUAGCUAAUAUCUUAGCGGUUACGAUAACGGCGCAGUUAGUUUUGUUGCUGAAAACAAGUGGAGAGUGGGAAGGAGAUGCGAGUGAGAUGAAAGACGCCACGAAUGCACGGUAGGUAAAAAUAUUGUUUCGGUGAGAUCGCCCCAACGGAAUACUUAUGGAUCUGUCACCCACAUUUUAAGCCUGCUGUGUUUGUUAAACUCUAUCCCAAUGCUACAUUUGUUCCUCUCUGUUUUCCCCUUUGUUUAUUAAAGAACUGUUCUUAAACACGAGGUGUUUAAGGUUGAUAUGAAAUAUUGUCAGAUGUUAUCUAAGAACCGAAUUGAAAAUUAAUAGGGCUGCUUACCGAAAGUAGCAACAAGGUUGGCCUUUGUUGACAUAAUUCAAUGACGUCCUGUUGUAAUAGAAGCUUUUUAUGUAAAAUAACGUAGGCUAAAAAGCUUAAUACGAAAUCAGAAUAUAUCGUCUUGUAUAUAUGAUGGCAAAUAUUUUAUUUGCCGUCUCGCACUCGUCGACAGUCGAGCGAGACCCCCGCCGAACUGCAUUGGUGGGUAUAUAUCAUGCACUACGCUUAGCAGAAACUUAUGAGAAACAGCGACUAGUUAAGCAAAUGUAUUGAAUUAAAUAGACUUCUUUAACAACGAUGAAAGAUUACUACCAUACCGCAAAUCAUCUAGUAUCAGGAUCAGCUAAUACUGUUAAUACAUUACAAAACUGAAAAAAAAAAGAGUGCCGACGCCAGACGAGCUAGGUUACUUUAUCUGGACAUUCUAAAAUAGGUGUCGGGCAAUUAUAAUUAAGACUAACUGGCGAACGGGCAUUACCAGUUAGCACUGAAUAUAUUUGGCUGAGAGCCAAUGUAUUAACCGUAUCUUUUGCCUUGCGCCCUAUAUGCCUCAGCCGCGUUGAUGUCCAACUAAUUUGUCUAAUUUUGACGCCCACGCCCUUUGCCAUUAUUUUCCGCACGGAAGCGAAAUUGCGAUGCGAUUAUCUUGAUGAACUAUAUGGUGUUAGGAUCGGUAAGACCGUGUACGGAUCUUACUCCAAAAAAAAAAA